AUGGCAAGCAACAAUAGUAAUAAUUUCAACACUCUUCGCAAACUUUCCGACGUAACUUUCGACAAUGAGGAGAAAAAACCAGCUCGAACUUCUCCACCUCGAUCCCCACACACAGAAAAACCUUCAAAGACUCCGACAACAACAUCUACAACUACAACUACAACCACCACAACUACAAAAAGCCUUGACGAUGGUGACGUGGCAAUCUCAUUAGGUGGAUGUGGAUUUUUGGGAGUAUAUCAAUUGGGCGCCAUCAAAAUGAUCUAUCAACACGGGAAAAAGUUGAUGGAUAGAACAGUUAGAUAUGCAGGUUGUUCAUCUGGAAGUCUUGCGGCGGCUAUGCUUUUACUUUGUCCAGAAAAGUGAGUUGUAUUUCACUAAUCGCGUUGCGUGUGCGUCGCGGUUUUAGUUUUGAAAACCGUGACGCACACGCAACGCGUAUCACUGAUGAAGAAAACAAAGUUUUUUCAGGAUCGAUGAAGCACUUCAAAAUAUGUACGAUGUCGCUGAAGAGAUCAAUAAUCACACCUUGGGAGUUAUGAAACCGGGACUUAUCAUAAGUCAAAGAUUGAGAACCGGAAUGGAAAAUGUUCUACCACAAGAUAUUUCAAAAGCUCAAAAUCGUCUUUAUGUCUCGGUCACUAAAUUAAUGGUAAUUUAAAGUUUUCUAUCUUUUAUAUAAAAAACAAAAGGAUUAUUUGCAGAAGCUUGAAAAUGAGCUGAUUUCAAGUUUUGAAUCUCGCGAGCAUUUAAUCGAUGUGUUAUUAGCAAGUUGUCAUCAUCCAUUAUGGUCAAAUGGAAUUAAAGGACCACAAUCACCGGUUUUGAAUGGGGAGGUAAGAAAAAAGCAAGUGCGCUCUAGGGAAAAAUGCUUACCUUUUCCUGAUUUGCGAAUUCUUCCCCAAAUCGAUUUUUGUUUUUUUGUAGAAUUACAUCGACGGCGGCUACACCAAGUUAAUUCCAACAUUUUCCGAUAUAACAACAGUUACAAUAUCAGCUUAUGCUUCAGAUGCAAGUAUUUGUCCAAUUGAAAAAUCAAUAUUCAAUGAUGAUACAACUUGUCGUGUAAUGAAUCACAAUAUGAAAAUAUCUUUUGCCAAUUUACGUCGAGUCAAAUUAUCACUUCUUCCACCACCAAAAGAAGAACUUGUCAAAUAUUAUGAACUAGGAGCUGAAGAUGCAAAACAGUUUUUGAUUCGAAAUAAUGUGUAUAAUGAAUGA